AUGCAUUUAGAGAGCGUGGAAAUAGAAGGUUUUAAAAGCUACGGAUCCAGGACGGUGAUAGGGCCCGUGGACAGAUCGUUCACUGGGAUAACAGGGCUGAACGGGACAGGAAAGAGCAAUAUUCUUGAUGCAAUAUGUUUUGUGCUGGGGGUGGAUACGCCUCGUCUCCUAAGAAGCAGCAGCAUGAAGGAUCUCAUAUUCAAGCAGUCAAAGACAACCAUGGGCUCGGCAAAGGUGUCGCUUGUAUUUAGCAACAAAGAGAAAGACAAAGGGCCUGUGGGAUACGAAGAGAUCGACACAAUAAAAUUGACAAGAAUCAUCUCCGAAGAAGGAAAAACAAAGUAUUUGCUGAAUGACCACAACGUAAGCACGAAAACUGUGCUAAGGCUGCUGCAGUGUGUGGGCCUUUCAUCAAGCAAAGCAGGGUUUACAAACGAAGGCGCGCGAGUCGAAAAACAGGCACCGUACUUCAUUGUCAUGCAGGGAAGAGUAAGCAGAAUACUGUCGAUGAAAAGCACGCAGUUUCUGACCCUUCUGGAGGAGUGCUCGGGAACGAGCGUGUACAGAACAGAGAAGUACAAAGCGUACACAACUCUUGAAAAGAAGGAAAAAAAGCUGCUGGAAACACAGGACACCCUAUCAAAAACAAUAUUUCCCUUUUUGGAAAGACUGCGCAAAGAAAGAGACGAGUACUACGCACACAAAGAGGCAGCUGAGAAACAGCAGUUCCUUGAGAAAGAGGUGAAGGUGUGCAGGGAGAAUCUGGAGUACAAGAAGGCAGAGCUGGCAGUUGCUGAGAAAGAAAGAAUAGAAAAGAGAAACGAAGAAAUCGAGGCAGAGAUAGAGAAUAAGACAAAGGAAAUGGCGAGCGCAGAGGUAGAAGACGAGGACAUAGCCGGGAUACAGGAGAGAAUAGACAACAAGAGCAGAGAAAUAGGAAAGAUGAUGAUCGAUCUGCAGGAGGAGGAGAUAAAACAGAUGCGGAAGACAGUAGAGAGAGCAGACACUGAGAUAUUCAAAGUCCAGGGACAGUACAGAAAGAUGGCAGAGUACUUGCAGACAGAAGAAGAAAGAAAAGAAAAAGAAGCCGAUAGAAAAAGGAAAACAAAAGAAAAAAAAGAAAGCGACGAAGAGGAGCAGGAGAAUAUUUCUUACAUAGAGAACAACCUGAAGAAAGAGAUAGAGCAUGCACUCGCCAAGCUGGAGGCAAAAGAGAGAGCACUGCACCAGGCAGGCAGGCAGAAGGGAACACUUGAAAAAGAAAGAGCAAAAGAAACACUGAGCAUAAAAAUAGAGAAAAUGGCAAAAGAUAUCAGCAAGCUGGAAGAAGAGAUAAAAAACAGCGAGAGAAAAGGGAUCAGAAAGAUGGAGGCCAUUGAGAGCAUAGAAAAGCACAGAAAAUUAAAACCAGAGGCACCGGAGGAGAUAAGAAGGAGGAUAGAAAAAAUAAAAAGAGAGCUGGGAUAUCCUGCAAUCGAAGGCGUGUACGGCAAAGUAAAAGAGCUGAUCGAAGUAAAGGAGAAAGAGCACCAAGUUGCAGUGGGCGUGGUGAUAGGAGGAAGAAAAGAGUAUGUCAUAGUCGAGAAUGAAGAGAUAGGAAAGAAGGUCCUGCAGGAGGCGUCAAAAGAAGGAAGAAGAGUGGACGUAAUACCGCUGAACAAAAUCAUAGGACGAAGAAUGGAGCCCAGAAAAGAGGCAGCAGCAAGGAAGCACGGCGGCAUUCCUCUAAUCGACGCAAUAGAGUACCCAGAAGAAAUAAAAAAAGCUAUGGAGUACCUGACGGGAGGAUAUGCGCUCAGCAAAGACAGAAAGACAGCAGUGCAGCUAAGAGACAGCGAAGGCAUCACUUCGGUGACAAUAGAAGGAGAGGUGUUUGAUAAGAGAGGAACCAUCACGGGAGGAAGCAUCGAUGUAAGAAAGUACCAGUUUGAAAAGACAAAUAACAAAGAAAUGCUAACCAGUCUGCAGAACAGAGAGAAACAGGUGCGGAGUCUGCUGGAAGAAUGCAGCUUUAAGAAGCUCGAAGAGCUCAAAGAGUACAUCAGAGUAUCCGAAGCAAAAGAAAAACUCAUGGAAGGCAUAUCACACGCCAAAGCAGAGCUGGAUGUCCUGGGAAAGGCAGAAGUGCAGAAGGAAGAGAUAAAAAGUGUAUCAGAAAAAAUAAAGAGCCUCACAGGCAUACGAAACAUUCUUAACGCAGAGUAUGAGAAGAAAGAAAGCACAGAGGAAAGACUGAAGGACGCCGAAGAGAAGCUCAGAGCGUCAAAAGAAAGAGAAAGCAGGAUAAAAGAAGAGAUCGACAGAGAGGAGAUAAAGAAGUUCGAGGGCAUUAAAAACAACGAGAUAAACAAAGCCAGAAGAUCAAUACAGACAAGAGAAAGAAGAAGGAUAGAAGAUGAAAUCGCUGAAAUAAAAAAAGAAAAAAUAAAGAACGACAUACAGUACAGAAAAAUAGAACAUAUAACCAUAAAAAAAAGAAAAAGUGUAAGCCAAACAAAAGAAGAGCUGGAAGAGCGGCUUGCCUCGAUUGAAGAAGAGCUAAAAUACGUCCGAGCUAUCCCGAGAAAAGACGUCAACGAAGAGAACAUUGAAAUACUCCAGAGAAACGAAGAGAUUGAAAAGGCCCUGAAAGAAAGAAUAGUCAAACUGCAGAAAAACAAGGCCACAAUUGAAGAGUCUCUAAACAAGCUGAACGGCCUUGAAAAAGAAGCAAUCGAAGGCAUAUACCACUCUGUGAAUGAAAGAAUAGGAAAGUACAUACGGUACUUCAUCCCAAACAGCGAUGCAAAGUUGGAGGCUAUCAACGGAUCGCCCAUGAACGGGGUGGAGCUGCAUGUAAAAAUAGGCACAUGGAAGAAGGGUCUUACUGAGCUCAGCGGAGGGCAAAAGUCUCUGUGCGCCCUCAGUCUGAUAUUUGCCCUUCUUAAAACAAAGCCCUCUCCCCUGUACAUUCUGGAUGAAAUUGACGCAGCACUCGACGCAUCUCACACCGAGGCCAUGGGCCGCAUGAUACAGAAAGAGUUCAAAGGCUCGCAGUUUGUGGUUGUGUCGCUAAAGGACGGCAUGUACCACAACGCCAACGUUCUAUUCCAGACGUACAUCCGAGAGGGAACAUCAGGUGUCCGGAGAAUGUAA